GCCGCAGUCUUGCCGCCGCUGGGAGCUGUAGUCCCGCCGCCGGCGCGGGUUUAAAGGUCCGGCGGGCGCUCCCCCUGCCCUGCCCAUGUCUCUCCUCGCCGCCGCCGUCGCGCAGUCGCUGCCUGGCUCCGCGCGCGGGGCAGCUGCGCAAACCAUGCAGGAUGAUUUACUGAUGGACAAAAGCAAAGCCCAGCCCCAGCAGCAGCGGCAGCAGCAGCAGCAGCAAGAUCCAAACUCAGCAGAAGCCCCCUCUACACCCAUCUCGUCGGAGACACCCAAACCAGAAGACAACAGUUCAGUGACUAGUAUCGGCACAUCAGCUCCUUCCCAAAAUAGCAAGGAGAAGAUGCAGAUGGAGUCUCCCAUUUUGCCUGGCUUGAGCUUUCACCAGCCUCAACAAGAACCUGCAGCCGGCACCUCCUUGUCUCCCUCGUUUGGCAGCACCUGGUCUACAGGGACCACAAACACGGUGGAUGAUAGCUUUUUCCAAGGGAUUACUCCAGUCAACGGGACAAUGCUUUUCCAGAAUUUUCCACACCACGUCAACCCUGUAUUUGGUGGCACUUUCUCACCUCAGAUUGGCCUAGCUCAGACUCAGCACCACCAACAUCAGCAGCAGCAGCAGCAAGCUCAGCAGCAGCAGCAGCAGCGGAGGUCACCUGUGAGUCCUAAUCAGGCACCUUUUGCCCAGAGAAAUGCUGCUUACAGCCAUCAGCCCAUCAUGACCAGCAAACCGUCUUCCUCCUCUGCUUCUUCUUCUUCCUCCUCCAGCUGGAAUAACCAUCAAAACGCAGCUUGGAGUACACCUUCCAACCCUUGGGGUGGGCUGCAGGCUGGUAGGGACCCUCGAAGGGCAGUUGGAGUGGGGGUUGGCGUGGGAGUGGGAGUCGGCGUGCCCUCCCCCCUCAAUCCCAUUUCACCCCUUAAAAAACCCUUCUCCAGCAAUGUCAUUGCCCCACCGAAGUUCCCACGGGCUGCACCCUUAACCCCCAAAUCCUGGAUGGAAGACAACGCGUUCAGGACGGACAAUGGCAACAAUCUGUUGCCUUUUCAGGACCGGAAUAGGCCCUAUGACACUUUUAACUUGCACUCUUUGGAAAAUUCCUUAAUGGAUAUGAUAAGGACUGAUCAUGAGCCUCUGAAAGGUAAACACUACCCUCCCAGUGGCCCACCAAUGAGUUUCGCUGAUAUAAUGUGGAGGAAUCAUUUUACAGGGCGUAUGGGAAUAAAUUUCCAUCAUCCAGGAACAGACAAUAUUAUGGCUCUUAAUACCAGGAGCUAUGGGCGGAGAAGAGGUCGCUCUUCACUCUUUCCUUUCGAAGACGGCUUCCUGGACGACAGCCAUGGUGAUCAGUCGUUAUCCUCGGGUCUCAGCUCUCCGACACGCUGUCAGAAUGGGGAAAGAGUGGAACGCUAUUCUAGAAAGGUGUUUGUUGGAGGUCUUCCUCCUGACAUUGAUGAAGAUGAGAUCACUGCCAGCUUUCGAAGGUUUGGACCUCUUGUGGUGGACUGGCCUCACAAAGCUGAAAGCAAGUCAUAUUUUCCACCUAAAGGUUACGCCUUUCUGCUGUUCCAGGAAGAAAGCUCUGUACAAGCUCUGAUAGAUGCCUGUCUGGAAGAAGAUGGAAAACUUUACCUAUGUGUGUCAAGUCCCACAAUCAAGGAUAAACCAGUGCAAAUUCGACCUUGGAACCUAAGUGACAGUGACUUUGUGAUGGAUGGGUCUCAGCCUUUGGAUCCAAGAAAAACAAUCUUUGUUGGAGGAGUUCCACGGCCUCUCCGAGCUGUUGAAUUGGCAAUGAUCAUGGACCGUUUAUAUGGAGGUGUCUGCUAUGCUGGCAUUGAUACAGACCCAGAGCUGAAGUACCCAAAAGGUGCUGGCAGAGUGGCUUUCUCCAAUCAGCAGAGCUAUAUUGCUGCUAUCAGUGCUCGCUUUGUCCAGCUCCAACACAAUGACAUUGAUAAACGGGUGGAAGUGAAGCCAUAUGUGCUGGAUGAUCAGAUGUGUGACGAAUGCCAGGGCACUCGCUGUGGUGGAAAAUUUGCUCCAUUCUUUUGUGCCAAUGUUACCUGCUUGCAGUAUUACUGUGAAUACUGCUGGGCCAGCAUACACUCCCGUGCUGGGCGGGAGUUCCACAAACCACUGGUAAAGGAGGGAGGUGACCGGCCCCGCCACGUCCCGUUCCGCUGGAGCUGAACCCCGGCCGCACCCAGCAAGAAGUACUGGAGUCAAUAAAAUUGAGUGAAAAGAGAGCGCUGCCUCAGGGCUUAGUGUUCUGGAAAUCUGUGCAUUCGUCCUCGACUUAAAUGAAGAUGGGUCUUUUUAUUACUAUUAUUAUUAUUUACAGUCACAUUACUGAACUCAGUGUCCAGUAUAAUACAAACCGGCAGAGUGUAACUGUACUGAUUUUGCACUUUGAUUCACACAAACAUCUGCUUGGUACCUUAAUUUCCUACACAAGACUUGUCACUAGUGACAUUAUGUAGACUGCCAUUCUCAUCAGUCUUCACUGGGCUGAUGUGUAUGUGAUGAAGAUUUUUUUAUUGUAAUUAUAAUUAUUUUUAUUUUUAAACUGGAGCAUGCACUUAUUUUCAGAAAUUUAGACUUGCCCCUAGCAGAUGACUUACCAAAGGUAAUAUUCACAAGUAGGUGGCAGAUGUAGCAAAAACUUAAACAGAUAUUCAGCAAUCAUUAGUUUGGGUCAUUUAGAAUAGUAAUAACCCUUAAAGAAAAUAAGCCUUUAGUUGCUCUCGAUUUUGACUUGUAAGGAUGAUACCUCAUAAGCUGGAUCAGACUUUUUUCUUUUGUUUUGCUGAGGGUUUUUUUUUUUUUGUUUGUUUGUUCUGUUUUGUUGGGUUUUUUUGUUUUGUUCUGUUAGGUCUUUUAGUGUUAUGUAAAUGUAUGCUGCAAUAGCUUUUGCUGCUAUUAAAAUGGUAUUACUAAUACCAUAAUACUCUAUUCAGGCUAGGGUAUCAAUUAAAAAUGAAUAUGUGAUUAAAAUAGUGAUGGCUGCUGAAAGGAGAUCAGUAUAGCAUACAGAAAAGCUUCCAAGGAAGGUCAAUAUUUUUUGACUGCAUGUUUACUUAAUCAGGUUGCUGCAUGCAAUAAAUUUUAUAUAUGUCUAAUAUAAAACCUGCCCACAAUGCACAAAUUAUGAAUCUACGUAGGCUACAAAAUGCUCAGUAACAAAAAAAAAUUGAUUACUGACUGGAGGAAGGCAUGCCUCAGUAAAUGUAAUGCUUCUGAAAUUAGGAUCAGCCCAUUACAGAAUGACCUAUAUUACAACAAAUAUAAAAACUAGCUGUAGGAUAUUCUUAAAAAAAAUUUGUGGAUGGUAGAUGAAGUACUUUGCGGUGCUCUGUUAUAUAUCGUGCAAUUUAUUUUAUAUAGUAAAGUGAUUAUGUCUAGUACUGUGAUCAAACUUAACUGUUAAAGCCUCUGUAUCUGACAUUACACAUUUUUGACAGUUCAUAACAGGUACAUAAACAGAAAUGAGCUCUUAGUUACAACCUCUCUCCUAAUGCUUGCAUCAUUUACGUAGCUGCAGACCUUGUCCAGAAUACCAAAGAGCUCAUGCUGGCGUACAUACACUACCAAUUAGAUAGUCUGUCAAACUAAUAACCUAGGCACAUUUAAGAAAGUUAGGAAACAAAGUGGUGCUAAAGAAAUGUCUGCAUAUAAAAGUAACAUGAGAUGUCUGCUCUGUGGACGUGGCGUUAUCUCUCUAAUCCCUGGAUGUAUCCUGUGAAGCUUGAAUACAAUUAAGACCUGCUAACACAGUGGACAUUUUUUUAGCAUGAGCUAUGGGGCUGCAGAUAGCAUAUAAAUAUAAAUACACUUGGUAUACUAAUGAUUGUGAGAAUGUGUACACUAUUUUUUUUUUCUUUUUCCUCCUUUGUUUUUGCAGUUCUGGGGACAAUCUGACUGGAUAUGACACCGCAUAGUAGAUUUAAAUGUUCUGGGUUUUGUUUGUUGUGAUGUCCUUCGUUGUGUCUAAUUUAGUAAGUUGGUUUUCCCAAUGUUUAGUUGCAAGUAUUGGCUUUGAAAGGAUUUUUUCUGUUUUUGGAGAAAAAAAAAAAGAAAAAAUAGUUUUUUACUGGUUUAAAAUGCUUAUUAUAAUUAUCCCUUUUGAAGUUACUUCUGGGCGGUUUUGUGAUAUUGCUUUUCCCAGCCCAGGUGUCUUUUCUGUUUUUUUUUCAUCUGUACAAGACAUUUUGUUAUGCACUACUUUUUGUAUCUAGACAGUUUUCAACAGUUGGCUGAUGAUUUUUUUUAAAGAAAAAGGCAUGCUUUCUGACUGACAUGAUCUUUUGCAAUACCUCAAUUUUGAAAUAUAGGAAAGAAAAUGAUAUUUUCUAAGUAAGUUUAUUCAGAAAAAUAUAUAUUAAUUUAAUUCUGCGAGAAAAAUGAUUUAACAGAUGGGUAACUUUAUUUUUUUCAUGCUUAUUUGAGUUUUUUUGAAAAUGAAGAAGUUAGAGCUUUAUAACUGUAAUAUUAAAGAUCAUAGCUAACCUACAGAAGUCUACCUAAUUAUGUGAAAGAAGUAAACCUUUUUGAAGAAAUACCCCUCUUUCAUGUAGAAAAAUACUCCCAGAGAGAAAGAGAGCGAGAGCGAGAGAAGCUGGAAAAUGUACAGUAUAGCAUAAUGUUGGAUAAAAUCUGAAAGAAAAUCAUCAUAAAGAACAGGUGUAAACACAAACUCCAUUUGGUGCUGAAAGUUGUGAAUAGAAGGUGAAAAAAUAUUUUCCCUUAAUUUGUAUAUUUAUAAUCAAGUGUGAUUAUGCACGACUGACCAGAAUUGUGAGAGUUCUUCUGUUUGUAUUUUUUUAAAGAGAACUUUUUUUAGUUUAUUAAAUUAUGACAUGCUCCCUUUUGUUUUGUAAAUGAGUGUGCCCCUGAGUUGUUAAUAUGUUAUAUUAAAAGAGGGUCCUUCAAAAAAAGUUAUUUUUUAAAAUAUGGAGUUCUGAACUGCAACUUGACUAAGAAGCCCCUGGGUACAACAGGUCCUAUUGUGGCCUUUUCUGAUGUGAGACUUGAACUAGUCGAUUUUUUUGAAGGCUAACCUAACCUCGACUAUUUGUUGUUAUGUGCAAUACUGUUUGUACUGUUUGUAUAAAAAAAAAGAAAAAUGAAAAGAAAAAAGGCAUAAAUCUUUAUUGCAGAUUUAUUUUCAUUGCAGACUUUAGACAUUGUGAUUCACUAAAAUCAUUUUUCUACUGUCAAAUAUGUACCUUUUCUUCAUGCUGGUAUUUUUUCAAUAGUAAUGUAGCCUUUGUACUGAGACAAAUUUUCAUUGUUAUUUUUAGAAAGAUUUUUUGCUAAGAAAAAAAUUAAACAUAUUUACAUAUUUUUCAUUUUUAUUUCGUAUUUUCUUUAAGGAGUGCUUUCUCAACCAUUAAUAUAGUUGUUUCUGGGAGAGACUUUCAUAUCUGGUCAAUGUCAUUAAUAUUAUUUUGUAUUUUUACUUGGAAUAAAUUAAUUUUAUGAUGCUGAUUCUUUAAAAGUUUAUUUUUUUCAUUUUCAGUUAUUUUUGAAGCUAAAAUCUUUGUAAUAUUGUUACUAAAGUGUCUAGUUUUUUGAAAUGCAAAGCUUUAUGUAUUAACUUGCUGAUGUGGUUUACAAUAGUGUGGCAAUGAUGAAAAUGGUUGGUUAUGUAAAGUGAUUGGAAAAUUGUAACAAAGAAUUGGGCAAUAAAAUGACAGAAUGAAGCAGAAAAAACGUGA